GGAAAGAGUAUCAAUUCAGGAUCGUUGAAUCAGCUUCAUCGCCAUCCCCUUCGAACAAAUCACCAUCUCUCAUCUUCUCAUCGCCACAAAAAAUGACCGUAUUGGAAGGAAGCAAUGUUACUGUCCAGUGCUUCUUUACUGGACUACCAACGCCUAAAGUUAUCUGGCGAAAAAUAAAACCCAACGAAAAAGCUAAAGCUACUUUUUCUGGAAAAAACAUUAACGAUGACGACAUCCACAAUUUCCACAACAUCAACAGCCACAACAGCAUCCACAACAUCAACAACAACCACAGCCACAACAACCACAACAACAGUAGUGAAAUUAUAAAAAGUAUAAAUAGUUAUAACAGCAUCCUUUUCGAAGGAGUUCAGUAUAAUGUUGGAUUAGUAACAUUGAAUGAUUCGUCAAUCUACGAAUGUGUUGGUGUCAAUGAGUUGGGAAGCGCCUUCCAUGAAAUCCACCUGGUUGUUGAGGCCACACCAGCGUUCAAGCGCAACGACUUGGACGAGCCACAGAACGUGAACGCCACAGUCGGUGACAAUGUGACGAUACCAUGCCACAUUCAUGCCUUCCCGCCCGCUAACAUCACGUGGUACAUAGACGGAGAGAUUUUGAUUGCAACGAACCCACGGAAAUAUCGUCUGUCCAGCGAUGGGCGCCAUCUUACGAUCAGAAACCUCUGCAAAACUUGCAGGAAUCAUUACGAUGGUGGUCUCAACAAAUUUGCCGGAAGUGGUGGUCGUUUCGGUGGUAGUGGUGGUCGCGGCGCUUGGUCUACGGACUUGUCGGUCAUUCAAUGUCAAGGACGGAAUGUACACGGCGAGGUCUGGGGGACUGCUUACGUUAAUGUUCUUGAGCCACCGGCAAGUCAAACAGUUAGCCCCGAAACUGACGUCAUCACAGUCACGUGCUCUGCCACCUCAGACGACAGUACGCCCAUCUCCAUUUUGUGGUACCGCCACGACCACUACGACGGCGACGAUUUCAAAUAUUUAUUAUCUUCUGACGAUGACAGUAACAAUCAUCGUCAUGAAAAUGUAAACUUUUACGGAAAAAUUUUACUAACCGACAAUAAUCGAACGUUAACUUUUGUGCGCUACAUAAAUGAUUCAAGAUGGUGGGAGGAUCACGUCGGUAAGUAUUCCUGUUUCGUUUCCAGUGGCUACAGCGCUGAUGAGAGGGUAUUUGAGGUUUCCUACAGACCGGUUUUUGGAUUGUCAACAGAUCCGAGAUUAAAAAUCAGCCUUGUCUCUCUGAUCAGCUCAGGCAUCAGCAUGGGGAACGCAAGCAUUGCUGAGUACGAUGACUACGAACCGUCCAAGUAUGACGAAGAUGGUUCGUUCAUUGGGAACUACAGGACUGACUGCAGAUGAUGACGACGAUGAUGAUGAACAUGUGGUGGUGAUGCGAUUAAGAAGUGGUGAUUGUGAUGUUGUUGAUGGUGGAGAUGAUGAUGAUGAUGAUGGUGUGACGAUGAUGUGAUUAAGAUGUGGUGAUGAUUGUUGUGAUGUUGUUGAUGGUGAAGAUAAAGAUACUUUAUUAUACGGACUGACUAAAUGAUAUUAAAGAUAUUUGUAUAUUUUUAAAGAUAUUUGUAUUGAUAUUAAAGAGAUAUAUUUGGGAUAUUUCUACAAAUAACAUAUAUAUGUGCAUAUGUUGAUGAUGUAUUUUGCUACAAUUUAACUUUUAAGAAUCUCAUAUAUAAGAGACCCGGCCUUUACAUAAUUUCCAUUACACACUCAUAUUUCAAGCAUUGUUUACCGACAUGUUUGUUUGCGUAAUGUUGUUUAUUUGAAUUACACUGUAUCGUGUGUCGACAUUUUGUGACGCUGUCUUUUUUGGGUCACGUGUUAUGGCGUGUCUACGUCACUUAUGACGUAACGCUGAUUGAUUUGUAUAUAUUGUUUGUUGAGGAGUUGGAUUUUUGCCUUAAAUUAUGUAGCGUUCAAUAAAUGUUUUGUAACAAUAUUGGUAAUAAAUUUCCUUUUUUUAAGUUUUUAUUUUGAUGAACUUUUAACCUAAUAAUUUUUGAUAAAAUAAACUGAAAAU